AUGGCGAAACGAAAGCGCACGCAAAACCUCACCGCCGAGCACAAUGCCGCCGCCAGUAAGGUAGCAGCUUCUGCCAAAAGAAUCAAACCAGCCCCCAAGCCAGCUCCCUCUCCCUCUACCACCCAAGAGCCCAUCACCAUCCAGAUCGUCGCGGGGUCCUACGACCGAGUCCUCCACGGGGUCACGGCGACCAUCUCCUCUACCGAUGAAGCCCAGUUCGCAGAUACCUUCCUCUUCAACGCCCACACUACCGCAAUCCGCUGUCUGGCACUCUCUCCUGUGUCCGCACCCGUCCCCAAACAGACCCAGAAGAUCAUCCUCGCGAGCGGCAGCACCGACGAGCGCAUAAAUCUGUACCACCUCUCGGCUCAUGCCCCCUCGCACAUCACCGUCCCCGAGCUCAAAGGGUUCAAGACCAAAGCCGUGGUCGAGAACCCGCAGAACCGCUCCUUGGGCUCGCUACUGCACCAUUCGAGUACAAUCACUGCGCUGUACUUCCCGAACCGGAGUAAGCUGCUGAGUUCGGCGGAGGACAGUACGAUUGCGGUGACACGCACCAGGGAUUGGACGCUGUUGUCUACCAUCAAGGCGCCGAUACCGAAACCCGUUGGGAGACCGAGUGGGGAUACGGCGCCGUUAGGGGGUGUGCCGAGUGGUGUUAAUGACUUCGCAGUGCAUCCUUCAAUGAAAUUGAUGAUAUCUGUGGGGAAGGGAGAAAAAUCCAUGCGGCUGUGGAAUUUGGUCACGGGAAAGAAGGCGGGAGUGUUGAAUUUCGACAGGUCAAUGUUGGUCGAGGCAGGAGAGGGUAAACAUAGCAGCGGAGAGGGCCGGAAAGUCGCUUGGGGCUCGACGGAUGCUGGAGAAGAAUUCUGUGUUGGAUUUGAGCGGGGUGCUUUGAUCUUUGGGAUGGAUAGCAAGCCAAAAUGCAAGGUUACGCCGGAAGCGAAGACGAAGAUACAUGAGCUGUGCUACAUCCGGGUGCAUGAAGAGGAGGAUAUCCAAGUUUUGGCCGUCUCGACAGAAGAUGGAAGGAUAUUAUUUUACUCGACCCGACCCGCGGAUCUCGUCACAGCAUCUCUGGCGGAAGGCAAGGAGGCGCCAUUACCUUCCGCGAAACUGCUCGCCCAGCUCGGCGGCAAGGACGUAAAGCUCACCGGCCGCAUCAAGGACUUUACAGUCUUGACCAUCGGAGAUAAAGCAUCGAAGGGGUUCAUAAUCGUAACAGGCGGCAGCGAUGGCGCUCUGCGGCUAUGGAGAUUGUCAGUCAGGGACCUGGCAGCACAUAGCGGAAACACAAGGCAGAUUGGAAAGUUACUAGGAACAUACGAGACUACGAAUCGAAUCACAUGCCUCAAAGCGUUUGUCAUGUUGCCGAAGAUGGAGGGGGCAGCAGAUGAGAAUAUCGAGGAUUAUGAGGGUGUGGACGAUGGCGAGGAGGCGAGUAGCUCUGAUAGCGAGUAA